CAAAUAGAGGUCUCUGUGUGAAGUCAUAUGACCGAUUAGUUUAUUUGUUUAUCAUCGUGUUUCGAGUAUUGUAAUAAGUGGAAAACAAUCAACAUGCCCUCCCAAUCAAAUUGGACAAUGUAUCGUAUCUUCUUAGCAUUCUUGAUGCUUGUUGCAGGAUCGAUAAAUACUUUAUCGGCCAAAUGGGCAGAUCGUUCAGAAGCAAAAGGUGUUUAUCCAAAUUUACCUCCAAGAAAGUUCGAUCAUCCUUUCCUUCAGGCAGUCGGAAUGUUUAUUGGAGAAUUUUCUUGUCUCAUUGCCUUUGGAUUAUUGUUUUGUUAUCGGUCUCGAAAGGGGAAUCCCAUUCAAGUGUCGAGGUUCAAUCCGUUCAUAUUCUACCCUCCAGCACUAUGUGACAUGUGUGCAACUUCCAUUAUGUACGUUGGUUUGAAUUUAACAUUUGCAUCCAGUUUUCAAAUGCUUCGAGGUUCAGUGAUGAUAUUUACUGCACUCUUAUCAGUCGCAUUUUUGGGUAGAAAAAUCAGAUCGUUCAUGUGGUUUGGUAUGGUUGUUGUUCUCGUUGGUUUGGUUCUCGUUGGUUUGUCAGAUGUUGUAUUUAGGAAAAGUUCCUCGGAAAGAAGUUCCGACGUUAAUGGUAUAAUAUCGGGUGAUUUGCUUAUAUGUGCCGCCCAGAUUGUCACAGCAUCUCAAAUGGUGUACGAAGAAAAGUUUGUCAUGAAAUAUAACGUUCCAGCUUUACUUGCAGUUGGCUUCGAAGGUCUUUUUGGACUUCUUACUCUCGGCCUUCUACUCAUUCCCUUCUAUUAUAUCAAAAUUACUAAUCCAAAUAACCCGCUAACGACUGAUCCACACGGACGAGUGGAGAACUCACUUGAUGCUUUUGCAAUGAUGGGUCAGAAUUCGGCCAUCCUCGUAGGUACUCUUGGUAACAUGGUCAGUAUAGCCGUAUUUAAUUUCGCUGGUAUCAGCGUGACUAAAGAGCUCAGCGCAACAACAAGAAUGGUACUUGAUUCAAUGAGAACACUUGUAAUUUGGAUAUUUUCCCUAUCAGUUAAAUGGAGACCUUUCGACGUGAAAGAGUUCUUCAUGCAAUUGGCGGGAUUCGCCUUUUUGAUUAUGGGUAUGAUUGUUUAUAACAAUCUACUGUUUAUGCCAUGGCUAAGGAGAAAAGUUGGCUGUAGAGUAGAUGAUGAAAAUCAUUUACAGUCACCUUUCCAAAAUGAAGCAGACGAAUCUGAAAGACUAUUACAAGAUGAAGAUGAAAUCCAAUAUGGCAGUAACAAUACUUCAACUGAUCCUGUAUACUCAUAG